AUAACAAGUAAAUAAAGGUAGUACACUCCUGUGACCCAGAGAAGCAAACUUUCAUUAUGUUUGUAUUGCUUUUCACUGUAACAGACAGGCAGGCAAAUCAGGUCAUGAUCAUUAAUUAGUAUUGGAGAGAUGGGCUUGCUUCCAGAAUGAAAAAAAUGACAAAAAGUGACCGCCAGGACACAUCUAUAUAAUGGAAGUUUUUCUACAGUCUGCGAAUAUUUCAUAAACUAUCCGUCAAGGUUUAAAUGACAGAGUACCAUUCUCUGCCACUUUAUCAGAUCUUCAUUCAAUAAUGUUACAUUUCUGGCUUGUGCUAUUUGUGCUGUUAAUGACACUUGUCUUUUGGAAAUGGACAAGACCCAGAAAUUUUCCUCCAGGUCCAUGGGCUCUACCCAUAAUAGGAAAUUUUCUGCAGAUAGACUACAGGAACCCUCUUCCAGAUCUUGAAAAGAUGUGUAAAAAGUUUGGGAAUGUCUACAGUAUCUACCUGGGAGUACAUGCAGUCGUGAUUGUCCGUGGAUAUAAGGCAGUCAAAGAAGCUCUCAUUGGUCAUAAUGCAGAGCUUUUAGACAGACCUUUUGACCCAAUAUUCUAUGCAAUAAGUAAAAACAGAGGAUUUUCUUUAGCCCGUUAUGGAAAGUCCUGGAAAGAAAAAAGAAGGUUUGGCCUCAGAAUGCUGAAGAAUUUAGGGAUGGGUAAAAUAUCCAUGGAGUCCACAAUCCUGGAGGAGUCCAAGUACUUGCUGAAAAGUUUUGAAGACAUGGGUGGACAGAACUUUGAACCAAAGUCAUUGCUCAGGAAUGCUGUAUCAAACAUCAUUUGCAGAAUUUUAUUUGGACAUCGCUUUGAUUACAAUGACGGAACAUUUACCAAGAUAGUUGAUCAUGUUGGUAAAUUUUCAAAACUUAUUGGUGCAUUUUGGGGAGAGGUCUACAAUGGUAUUCCUAUCAUCCGAUGGCUUCCCUUACCACACCGAUAUAUUUUCAAGACCAUAUCCUUAAUCAAUGAUUUCAUGCGGCAAAUCAUAAUAGAACACAAAAACACCAGGAAAGUGGGUGAGCCAAGAGACUUCAUUGAUCACUACACUGAAGAAAUUGAAAAGAGAAAAAAUGAAAAUGAUGAUUCCUACUUUGACGAAGAAAGCUUGUUUUCAGUCGUGACUGAACUCUUCUUAGCUGGAAGUGAUACUACAGCAAAUACCCUGGAGUGGGCAUUGCUUUUUAUGAUGACAUACCCUGACAUUCAAGCCAGGUGCUAUGAAGAAAUAAAAUUAACUUUAAAUGGGACAGAGGAGCUGAAGUACGAGGACAGACACAGAAUGCCAUACACAUUGGCUGUCAUUUAUGAAGUCUUCCGCUUUGGAAUUGUGGCCCCUCUGUCAGUCCCACGUGGUACACUGAAAAAUAUGUUAUUUCAUGGCUAUACCAUUCCAAAGGGCACCAAGGUGCUUUUAGAUCUGAACUCUGUGCACCGGGAUGAAUCUCAGUGGAAGUUCCCUCACGAAUUCAACCCACAUAACUUUCUCAAUGCCAAUGAAGAAUUUGUGAAACCAGAUGCUUUUAUGGCAUUUUCAGCAGGAUCUCGAGUAUGCAUUGGUGAGAUUCUUGCUCAUAUGGAAAUUUUCUUCUUCUUCACAUCUCUUUUGAAGCAUUACGAGUUCUUCUGGCCUGAAAAGCACACAAAACCAGACCUCACACCAUCAUUUGGGAUUACACAAGCACCCUUCCCUUUUAAAAUAGGAAUCAGACAUAGGCAAGUUUGAAAAUGCUUGUAUGUAAUAAUGUAAAACUCAAGAGGAUUCAUUUUAUGCCAAAAGACCUUUACAUGUAGUAUUACAGUCAUAUUAUAAAUCACAAUGAGAACUAAGAUGUUGCAUUUGUAAUUUGCAGAGUAUUGCAUUGGACUUCACAUUGAAGAUGGACAAUAAUAUAUAGUUUUGUUUCUACCAGUAGAAAUUAAGUCAGAAUAUAAGGAGAAAAUAAAUAAAAUGAAUUGCAUAUAAACAACUGAAUCAGGAAGUAAGGGAAGUACACAAUAAUCCUGCUUCUCCUUUUUGCAAACAUUUAUGAAAUAAAACUGAAACUACAAUGUAGAGGAAUGCAUGUGUUUAAUAAAAUAAAAUGGUGUCAUUGUUUGAAAAGUA